ACCUCAGUAACCACCUGCUCACGUGACGUAUACUUUGCGUAGUCAUGGCAGACGACUACAGGCGACACGAUUUUGAGUUGGAGAGGAGAAUAUUUGAGAUAGACAACAAAUGUUCAUGUCUCCGGGCUGAAAAGCAAGAUGAUGACUAUUUGCAGAAUGCAUCUGCAAUACUAGAGAAGUUGAAAAGCUUUUACAGACACGGAGGAGAAAGCUUGAACUUUUCCAAGCUGCUUCAGGAUUACACACAGGUGAUUCUCGACAUCACUUUUUAUGAAGAGAAUCAAUUGGUAGAUCAGGAAUUUCCCGAAGACUCCUCACCAUUUAAGAUCCAGCAACUGCUGCAAGACCUGACUGAGCCAGAGGUGUUGGUGGCACGGCUGGCACCAGGACAGGAGGUGCAGUGCGUGUUGGGCACAGAGCUGUUGGAAUGUCUCUACUGGAGACGUGGAGCUCUGCUGUACAUGUACUGCCACACCCUUCAUCAGCGAAAGCAAUGGAUCAAGAAGAACAAGGAUACAUUCAUUAAGUGUAUUCAAGAAGGUGUUCGGUAUUUGAUGCGGAUGCUGCAAGUUAGAAACACGGUGAAGCUCAGUGAUGGGGUGGUGCUUCAUGACAGUGGAUCAAGCAUUUUAUCUGAGGGUAUUUUUUCAGACACCCACCUGCUGACAAUGAUGUAUAUUGGGGAAAUGUGUUUCUGGGCCGUCAAGUAUGAGGACUGCAGCGCUGACCCUACAGACCACAAAGAAGAUGGCCUCCAGUUUCGGGACAUCGGUACACAGAUUCUGAACAAAUAUGUGAAUGCCUGCGAGGGACCUCUGCAGGGCCAGGGCUGGAAUACAGAAAAUGCCAAGGAAAUCCUUAGUAUUUUACAGUGAAAUAAAUUGCUCUUGUGUAAAAGUUA